AUGAGCUCUUCAAAUUCAUCCUCAAGGUCUCAUACAGGCCGUCAAACCACCGGAAUUCCAAAGAGAUGUUGGUGUGGAGCGGAUGUGACUACAUUCGGCGCUCAGACGAAGGAGAAUCUUUUCCGCAGGUUCUAUCGCUGUGAGAUUGGGCUCAAGAGGAAAAACGAGCACCAUUUGUUCAAAUGGGUGGACGAAGCAAUUCUGGACGAGGUGACCAUUGUUGAUGAAAAACACUCACAACUGCAAGUAGAUGUCGACUCUUUCAAGAUGCAAACAGCCAGACGAUUUGAAAACCAGGCGAAGCAAAUCGACCAAACCAUUCAACAAAUCAAACUCCUAAUCGCUGAAAACACAGAGAACAGUAAGACCAAGGAGAACUCGACUUUGACCACCGAAGAUACUCUAGCAUCGGCUACGAUGGCCUAUGGUGGGAGCCACCCUUUGACAAACAUAGCUGCCGCAGCGUUUGCCCUAGGCGCUAUGGCUUGGAUCUACUCUAGGAUUGCUAACUGA